CAGUCGGUACUCUAAUUAAGAGAGCUUGGAUCGGCAGUCCGGACGUGAGAUUGAGGCAUUGCCAGACCAUCUCAGACUCUGUCGGCCGUUCGAUCACGAUAUCCCUAAUCAUCACGCUAUAGCGCUGCGAGACGAAGUGUUCAUUUACCGCGCAGACCAUUUCAGUAAGCUGAGGCACGUCACGGAGCGAGUCGUAUUGGAUAUCUGCCCAGAGAAUCGAGCCGCUUUCAACACUCCCUGCCUAUAAUUGUACCCGAGCUCGCACUCUGCAUCAUGCACUUGCGCCACGAACAUGCCGUUCUUGACAUCCCGACGCUCGAGCGAUUCAUUCGCGACAAUCCUCUCGGACUAUUCACCACUUCCAUCCCUCAUCCUGAACAUGCGACUCUGCAAAUCUCGCACAUCCCUUUCAUCCUGGAUCAUGCUGAUCCAGAAUCCUCUUCGGCCGGUCGCCUGAGAGGUCACAUAGCCAGAGCGAAUCCUCAGUCGAAAAGUAUUCUCGAUCUCGUGCGGUCCAUUGGAAGGGAUGAGCUGGAUGAGGAAGUCUUGAUCAUUUUCAAUGCGCCCGUCAACGGGUACGUCACACCUCGAUUCUACACGAGUACAAAGCCUACUUCUGGGAAAGUCGUACCGACCUGGGAUUACGCAGCUGUCCAAGUGUACGGCAAGCUCAAGGUCCAUCAGGCUUCGACGCGAGAGUCAGACGAGUUCAUCCAUCAGCAAAUGCUGGAUCUCAACGCAUGGGGUGAAGACACCGUCCCGGGGGACAAAUGGAAGUUGUCGGAUGCACCGGAGCAGUAUCUUGCCUUGAGGCGCAAAGCGGUCAUCGGAAUCGAGAUACAGGUCACAAGGAUGGAAGGACGGUUCAAGUUGUCACAAGAGCGAGAAGAUGGGGAUUGGCAUGGAGUCGUGGAAGGAUUCAAAAGUCUAGGCACGGUGCAGGGAGAUAGACUGGCCAGUAUGAUAGCUGGCUGUGGGAAAGAACGGACAAUCAAUAGUUGAGCAUGUGAUGCGAGGAUCUCGUUCGAUGUACUGCUAUGCAUGGAAGGUU